AUGUCACCUGUACUAUCUUUCUUUCUUUCUUUCUUUUUUUCUUUCUUUCUUUUUUUCUUUCUUUCUUUCUUUCUUUCUUUUUUUCUUUCUUUCUUUCUUUCUUUCUUUUCUUUCUUUCUUUUCUUUCUUUCUUUCUUUGUAUCCUUCUGUUUUCAUUACUUUUUCUAUGAUUUCUGUCUAUUUUAUUUUACUUGCUUCCUUUUUUUCGCAUUUUUCCUCCCUUUCCCUGUUUCUGAGUUUUCUCUUUUUCUUUCAAAUUUGUCUCCUUUUCUAAUUAAUUUAUCUUUUGCUCAUUUAUUUCUCUCUUUCAUUUCUUAUUUAUCUCUUUCUCUUCUUUCACAUAUCUUUCUCCCCCUCUUCUCAUUCCUUUCUCUCUUUCUCUUUACUUUCUCUCUCCCUCGUCCCUUUCUGUCUUUCUCUUCUUUCGCAUGUGUUUUUCGUAUCUGCUCUUUUCUAUCUCUAUCUACCCUUUCUUAUUCUGUCUCUGUUUUACUAUCAACCUGUCUAUUCUUCUUUUUAUUUUUUCUCCCCGUCCAUCUUUCUUUUUUCUUUCUCUAUCUAUUUUUACAUUCUCAUGUUUUUUCCAUCUCUUAUUUUGGCGUCUGUAUUUUCCAUUUACAUUAUUUUCUCCUACUCUUUUUCCAUUCUUUUUUAAUCUUCUUUGUCUCUUUUCUUUCUUUCUUUUUUCUUCUCAUUCUAUUUCUUUCUAUUACCCAACUUUUCUUUUCUUUGUCACUCUCUUUUUCUCAUUCCCGAUUUCAACUGUCACUAUUUCUUCGUCUUUACUAUUUUACUCCUCCCCCCGCCACUAUUUCCUUGCAGUUCCAAAUCCCUUUUUUAUUUCUUGGUCUUUGUUUUGCUUAUUCUCUCAUUUUCCAUUUACUAAAUUUCCAUUCCUUUCCAUUCCUUUCCAUUCUCGCCACUCACUCUUCGUGUCUAUUGAUUAAUUAUCAGGGAUGGCGAGAAAAAGAAGAAAGCAGAUCCCAGGAGAUAUCUUAA